UGAUUUCAUUUUAUAAUCACUUAGCCUAAACUCAUUCAAUCAAUCUCAUGGAAUUUCUAUAUUUUAGGGUAAUGGAAAUGAAUCUAAUUUCUUGUAAUAUGAGUUUCUAUGUUUCAAUGUUGGUAUAUAGUUGAACCUCUAUCGUUGUGCACUCCUUAAGAAAAUAACAUGUGAUUUUGGUUUCCCCAAAUAUCUAAAAUUUUGUAGGCAUUUCUUAAAGCUGUAAGAACUAAUGAAUGAUUUAAUUUUAUUUUAUUGAGUUAUGGCAAGAAUCCAGAUUUUAAAGAUGGUAUUAAAGAAGAUGGAGGAUACCCAGAGUGGUGAUAUUUGUCGUGUUUGCCGGUCGGAGGGCUCCAGCGAUCGUCCUCUAUUCCACCCCUGUAUUUGCACGGGGUCUAUCAAAUGGAUUCAUCAAGAAUGCCUUGUUCAAUGGAUGAGGUAUUCCCACAAAGAGUAUUGUGAAUUAUGUGGUUAUCGGUUCUCAUUUAUGCCAAUCUAUUCACCUGACAUGCCUCGGCGAUUGCCCAUUAGAGAUGUGGCAGGUGGUCUCCUGUCGAGUAUCGCCACCGCCGUCAAAUACUGGAUUCAUUAUACGUUAGUCGCCAUUGCAUGGCUUGGUAUUGUACCGCUUACAGCAUGUAGAGUUUAUCGUUGCCUCUUUAAUGGAUCUGUAGAUUCUGUAUUGACCCUCCCUUUGGAUAUGCUGUCUACUGAAAACAUUGGAUCUGAUAUAUUUCAUGGAUGCUUUGUUGUGACUUGUACGCUGUUUGCUUUUAUCGGACUUGUCUGGUUGCGGGAGCAGAUCCUCCACGGAGGCGGCCCCGACUGGCUCGAAAGGGAAGACGGAGGCUGGGUUGGCGGCGCCCAACAACAGCAGGUGCAGGCGCAACCUCAGGUCAAUAACAACCUCAUUGAACAACCAGCUAACGAGGAGGUCGGAGGAGGAGAUAACAAUGGCGACAACGGAGGAGGCGGUGCUGGAGAUUGGAAUCCUCUGGAGUGGGACAGAGCCGCAGAGGAGUUGACGUGGGAGCGCCUCUUAGGUCUUGAUGGCUCCCUCGUCUUCCUGGAGCAUGUUUUUUGGGUGGUCUCUCUUAACACUCUAUUUAUUCUGGUCUUUGCCUUCUGCCCGUAUCAUAUGGGUCAGCUAGCAGUGUCUGCUUUGGGACUUAAACAUCAUGUUACGGCAUCCCAUUUCCAAGGGCUGGUGACUACUUUGUGCGGUUACUGUGUAAUAGGGCUCUGCCUCGUCGGGCUCCACUCCCUGGCAGCAUUGCUGAGCUUGGUCAAGUCGAGGCGUGUGCUUGGUCAUUGCUACGUUGUUGUGAAAGUGUCGUUGCUGUCGGUCGUGGAGAUAGGCGUGCUGCCUCUCAUCUGCGGUUGGUGGCUGGACAUUUGCAGCCUUGGGCUCUUUGAUGCGACCCUCAGGGACAGGCAAGCUGGUUUUAGGGCUGCACCUGGAACUUCCAUGUUUAUCCAUUGGUUGGUCGGAAUGGUCUACGUUUACUACUUCGCUUCUUUCAUUCUGCUAUUGAGGGAAGUCCUUCGCCCAGGCCUUCUCUGGUUCUUAAGGAACCUCAACGAUCCCGAUUUCAGCCCUAUUCAGGAAAUGAUUCAGCUGCCGAUGGGUCGCCACGUCCGCAGAUUGGUAGCUUCAGCUGUGAUAUUUGGCUCUGCGGUGUUAUUGAUGCUGUGGUUGCCUGUGAGGAUCCUCCGCUGGGCUGCCCCUGGCUUCUUACCGUACACUGUUUCAUUGCAUUCCGAUGUUCAGUUGGACGAACUCUCCUUAGAACUACUUCUGCUUCAGGUGAUCCUUCCUGCAUUGCUUGAGCAAUCUCAUACUCGUGCUUGGCUAAAAGCUGCUAUUCAUUAUUGGUGUGUCGGGGCUUCGUGGCUUCUUGGUUUAAGAUCAUACGUGCUCGGUGAGCGAGCAGCUGAGCCACCGGCUGGUGCAGCCGAACCCGAGGAAGCGUUGCCGGAAUUGGGCGCCGUCCACCAUGCCAUGCUUCAGAGACCUGGCCCCGUCGGAUACCAGCCUUACACUGCUCCACCAUUAUUCGCUGCACGACUCGCCGCCCUAGUGCUGUUAGCAUGCGCUUCUCUGGCCACGGCCUCGUUGGCAGUGCUGACCGUGCCGGUGCUGCUCGGACGGCGCUUGAUGGCCCUCUACCACGGCGGUCCUAAACCCGUCCCUGUCCACGAGCUCUACACUGCCGCGGCAGGAGCUUACCUCUGUUGGCUAACCGCUCGCUCUCUAUCUCUACUCUACUGCUGGCGAGGCCACCUAGCCGAGACUGUUAAGACUUGGUGCAUCAUUGCUGCUAAAUGUGCUAUUGCAACAUUACUGCUGGUAGGUGUAAUUCCCCUGUUAUCUGGGCUGCUUCUCGAAGUAGUGCUCGUUAGUCCUGCGAGGGUGCCUCUGGACCAGUCGCCCGUUCCUUGGCUGUGGCAGGAUUGGGCUCUAGGCGUCUUAUACACAAAGAUAGCGUGCGCUGUGACCAUGAUGGGUCCUGAUUGGGGUCUGCGGCGAGGCCUUGAGGCGGUCUACCGAGACGGAGUAAGGGCCAUCGACCUCAGGAGGGUAGUCUUUCAACUAGCCGCUCCUGUUAUAGUUGGGCUGUCCUUAGCAUUAGCGGUGCCAUACGUCGUUGCCCAUUCAAUGGUGCCACUUUUCGUAACGAAUCCAACGAUAAGACUGCUCGUGGCUCGCAGGAUUUACCCCACUGUACUGGUGGUAGUUGCGGUCGCAGCUCUAGUUUACUUUCAAGUGCGGCAAUUCUCUCGCCUGUACGAACACAUCAAAAACGACAAAUACCUCGUGGGCAGGCGUCUGGUCAAUUACCAUCACAGGCAGCCGGUGUCACAGUCAACUUAGACCAAUGGUUACUUGAUACAAUAUACUGCUGCUCUAUGUUGGUACAUAUAUAUAUAUAUAAAUAUACAUAAACCUGUACAUAAUAAUAUAUAGGUGUUAGUGUGUUUGUUUCCUUUCCUUUUCCACCAUGUUCUUCUUUCGUCUUAGAUAUUUAUAUAACCGUAUCCAUUAACAGAUACUUUCCUUCAAAUUGAAGAAAUGUUAACCACGGUUGUGUAUCUAUUAACAAUGACAAGUAAGUAAAUCGAAAUACCAGAUAAGCCAUAAUGCUAGUGAUAACACUAUCUAUGUAUAUACUAUGAUGGAUUGUGUAGAAGAAAAUAAACUUAUUUAAUGUUAUGUUUUAUUAGAUUAUUGUUAUUUUUUCCUAUUCUGAAGUCUGUGUUUUAGUCUGUUAAGUAGGCAUAAGUUUUUAUUUUUUAAAAUAUCUAUUGUACAGUUACGAAAUUUGAAUUAAAUAAUUUUUUUUAAUUAAUAAAAAGUAAAUGUCUGUUUUAUAACGAGAAUUGUAUUAAUUUUGCCAGAUUGGAUUGUGCUCAAUUAGAUUUGAACAUUUAUUAUAAAGCUUUUGAAAAUUAAAUUAAUAUUUGAAUUGUUGUCAUUUGAAAAUUAAAUGUUUUGAAUUGUUUUAGUGAUAUUGGUAUAUUGGAUCACUGUUAAAGGUUUAAUAAAUUGACAUAGAUUCGUUCUCAUAAUUA